GUAUUGUUGGAGAAGCAGAUGAAAAUGGAGAAGAUUAUUACCUUUGGACUUAUAAAAAACUUGAAAUCGGUUACAAUGGAAAUAGAAUUGUAGAUGUCAAUCUGACCAGUGAAGGAAAGGUGAAAUUGGUACCGAACACAAAAAUCCAGAUGUCAUAUUCAGUGAAAUGGAAGAAAUCAGAUGUGAAGUUUGAAGACCGAUUUGACAAGUAUCUUGACCCAUCUUUCUUUCAGCACAGAAUUCACUGGUUUUCAAUUUUCAAUUCUUUUAUGAUGGUGAUCUUUCUGGUUGGCCUAGUGUCUAUGAUAUUAAUGAGAACUUUGCGAAAAGAUUACGCAAGAUACAGCAAGGAGGAAGAAAUGGAUGAUAUGGACAGAGAUCUAGGUGAUGAGUAUGGGUGGAAGCAGGUUCAUGGAGAUGUUUUUAGACCAUCCAGUCAUCCUCUAAUAUUUUCAUCACUUAUUGGUUCUGGUUGUCAGAUUUUUGCUGUGUCUCUUAUAGUCAUUGUUGUUGCAAUGAUAGAAGAUUUAUACACAGAGAGAGGAUCAAUGCUUAGUACAGCUAUAUUUGUUUAUGCUGCAACAUCGCCAGUGAAUGGAUAUUUCGGAGGAAGCCUUUAUGCUAGACAAGGAGGAAGGCGAUGGAUAAAACAGAUGUUCAUCGGAGCCUUCCUCAUUCCAGCAAUGGUGUGUGGAACUGCCUUCUUCAUUAACUUCAUUGCCAUCUAUUAUCAUGCUUCAAGAGCUAUACCCUUUGGAACCAUGGUGGCAGUGUGCUGUAUUUGUUUCUUUGUCAUUCUUCCAUUGAAUCUUGUUGGUACGAUUCUUGGCCGAAAUCUGUCAGGACAGCCUAAUUUUCCAUGUCGUGUCAAUGCAGUGCCUCGUCCCAUACCAGAGAAAAAAUGGUUCAUGGAACCAGCUGUUAUUGUUUGCCUGGGUGGAAUCCUCCCUUUUGGAUCAAUUUUUAUUGAAAUGUAUUUCAUUUUUACUUCAUUCUGGGCUUACAAGAUCUACUAUGUUUAUGGCUUUAUGAUGUUGGUUCUGGUUAUCCUCUGCAUUGUGACAGUUUGUGUGACUAUCGUUUGUACGUAUUUCCUGCUAAAUGCAGAGGAUUACAGGUGGCAAUGGACAAGCUUUCUUUCUGCGGCAUCAACUGCGAUUUAUGUUUACAUGUACUCCUUUUACUACUACUUUUUCAAGACAAAGAUGUAUGGCUUGUUUCAAACAUCAUUUUACUUUGGUUAUAUGGCAGUAUUUAGCACAGCUUUGGGAAUAAUGUGUGGAGCUAUUGGUUACAUGGGAACAAGUGCCUUUGUUCGUAAAAUCUACACUAAUGUGAAAAUUGACUAAGGAAAUAAGAAAAUUGAACUAUGGAUCAGUCCCUGUUUUCAUGGGGAUGAACUUGCACAACAAAAAGCGCGAGAAGAGAUUUGGGUUUUAACACUGGGCACUAUAUGGGUCUCCAUUUUGUUGAUGGCUUAAAGUAACAUCUAUUUCAUUGAUCCUAGGUUCUUACUGACUGCUUUCUCCAACUGUUCACAGCAAAUGCUUGGAUUAUAUGCAGUAGGCAUUACUACAGUACGUGGCUAAUCUUUCCCCCCCCCCAAAAAAAAAGGAAAAAAAAACCAAACAAAAAACCUAGCUCAUUAAAGAUGAAUAGACUAGCUCUCUUCAGUGAAGAGGACAAACGGUUUAUUUAAAGCAUUUGUUCCAUUCAAUAAAAAGAGGGAAACUUGGCUGCUAAAGCUACUUGAUUAGUAGUCUUCCUGGUACUUAACAUUUCUAAAUUAUGUAUGAACGCCGUUCCAGAAAGAUUGCUCUUCUGAUUUUUACUGCCAUUGCCAGGAUAUGAGGUGUGUUUUAUAUUUUGACUCCAGGUGCUUUUUGGUUUAUUUGCGAUAUCAACUAUACCCUAUACUCAUUUGUUUAAAAAAUAAUUUAAAAAUAUAUAGAAAACCCAUAUGCAUGUAAUAUAUCAGUUAUUGUUAUAGUUGGACCAACUUCCCUUUAUUUAUCUUUAAAGUAACAUCCAGCUACAUCUUAAAUCCAUCCAAAGAAAACAGUCUGAAGACGGGAUGUGUUCUCUGCAAUGCAAUUUACUGUACAGUUAGAAAGCAAAAUGUUAAAUGAAGAGAAUUGUUUGUUUUUUAAUAAACACUUUAAGGUCUAGAUUAAAACAAAACCAACAUUUUAACUGAAUGUCUAAAGUGAUUCUCCUUUUUUCCAAGUUAGUCUUGCUUUUUUUUUUUUUUUUUGGUUUGGGUUUGAAUGAAGAUUCUCCUUUAGACAUUAUACAAGGGGUAAUAAGUGUAUAUAACAUUAAAUAAUGUAACUUAGGUGUAGAUCCCAAAUGUAUUUGGAUGUACAGAUUUACUACAAAGUACUUCUCUGAUGAUUCGGUGUAAAAAUGUGUGAAUUUGGGUGGCUUUUUACAUCUUGCCUGCCAUUGCAUGAAAAGUUGGGGUUUCUUCACAAUGUGUGUAUGUCAUGCUUUUCUGUUCUAUUUCCUUCCUCAAGCUCUUACAGGAAUUAAAUUUGUAAUUUAGAACAUUUUAAUUUUUGUUAAUCCUAUCUGGACACUUGUGUAACAUCAAAAGCACAGUUACUUUAGAGUGUUCAGAAAACUAAAAUAAACUUUUCAGACAAAAA